UGACUAAUUUCUAAUGUUUGAGAUAAAAUACAACCCACUACCAAGAUUUAAAAAAUUCUGGUUAUUUUUGAAAGAAUACUGCAGGAUUGUUUUACUCUUUCAAAUUAAGUAUGUAGGCAACAACUCAUGUAAAAUGUAUUUUUACAUUGGAGGUGUACCAGUGGCAGCAAAUUGUAUCUUAUUUCAUUGCAUAAUACAGGAAGACAUUUUUAAGAAAAUAUUAUUAGGCUAACUUAUUUCCUUAACAUCUGUUGGUAGCCAACAUUUGUCAAGUGUGGUUCCUCCAGGAUUUACUUGCCUUGCUGAUAAUUUUCUCUUUCACAGGGUAGAAGAUGCCACAGGAAGGCACAGGAAGAUCCUGACUUUGUUCCAACCAGUUCUAUUCACUGCUUUCCACGGGCGAGGCAAGCAACGCGGGACGGCGGGCCCAAGAGUGCGAGAAGGCCGACGAGGCGGAAGCAGCCAAUUCAGAACCGCCAAUGGAGCUCCGAGCGAAUCGAUGACAGCCGGAGCGCUUGGCUCCUCCUUUCGGCCGUCGAUUCACUUCGGCCCAGGCAACAAGCCGAGUCAGUUGGGACGGCGAUAGCGGGGCAGAGGAGAGGGGUAGCCACCAUUUUUGGGAAACGGGGCUCCGGUCGCGAUCGGGCGGGCGGAUGAGCGAGCGUGUGCAUAGGACGCAGACAUUUGAAAGUAACUACACCAAAGAGUACUGCAAACCUGCUACUACCAUGGCAACAAAAUAUCUUGAAAAUGCUCAAGAAUAUAGAUAAAAAAAUGUUCCAUGGGAUAUAUCUGUGUCAUACUUAUAAAAAUCUAGAAGAAAAUACUCUUCAUCUUUACAUGAUGCCAUGAAGCUCAUUGAAGUCCAGUCAUCAUUUUAUUCUUAAAAGGUUACAGAACAGAUUGAUCAUUGGUUUACAUUUUUGCUGUACUUUAACAUUUGAAUGCCUGUCCCACCCAGUUCCUGGAGGAUAAAGCCUGUUUCAAUUCAUUUAAAAAACUCACUUUCACUGCUGUUGUUUGAUAAGUUACAAAUGGUUUGGAUUUUUAUCAUGAACCGGAUGAACCCACAAAGCAGUUCUCUGACUCAGCGUAGGCGAAUGGCUCUUGGCAUUGUCAUUCUUCUUCUGGUUGAUGUCAUAUGGGUUGCUUCUUCCGAACUCACAUCGUAUGUUUUCACUAUGUAUAAAAAACCAUUCUUCAGUACGUUUGCGAAAACAUCCAUGUUUGUUCUUUACCUCUUGGGAUUCAUCAUCUGGAAACCAUGGAGACAACAGUGCACGCGUGGGUUUCGUGGAAGGCAUGCAGCUUUUUUUGCAGAUGCUGAAAGUUAUUUUGCCACUUGUACAACUGACAAUACUGUGAAUAGUUCUUUGAGUGAACCUUUGUAUGUUCCUGUAAAGUUUCAUGAUUUGCCAAGUGAAAAAAGUAGCAGCAUUAACAGUGAUGCUGAAAAAACUCCCAAAAAACCACGUGUAAGAUUCAGUAACAUUAUGGAGAUUCGACAACUCCCAGCAAAUCAUGCACUGGAAGCAAAGCUGUCUCGUAUGUCUUAUCCAACAGUUAAAGAGCAGGAUUCAAUAUUAAAAGCUGUAGGGAAGCUUACUGCACCUCAAGUAGCCAAAAUCAGCUUUUUCUUUUGCUUUGUGUGGUUCUUGGCAAAUUUCUCUUAUCAAGAAGCACUUUCAGACACUCAAGUGGCGAUAGUUAACAUUCUGUCAUCAACCUCUGGAUUAUUUACCUUAAUCCUUGCUGCAGUGUUUCCAAGUAAUAGCGGAGAUAGAUUUACCCUCUCAAAAUUGUUAGCUGUCAUUUUAAGCAUUGGAGGUGUUGUUCUUGUGAAUUUGUCUGGAUCUGAGAAAUCGGCAGGAAGAGAUACAAUAGGAUCUCUCUGGUCUCUGAUGGGAGCUAUGCUGUAUGCAAUCUAUAUAGUUAUGAUAAAACGAAAAGUUGACAGAGAAGAUAAACUCGAUAUUCCAAUGUUUUUUGGUUUUGUUGGCUUGUUUAACUUGCUGUUGCUUUGGCCAGGCUUCUUCCUACUCCAUUAUACUGGAUUUGAGGUCUUUGAAUUUCCCAAUAAAUUAACCCUAAUGUGCAUAGUCAUUAAUGGCCUUGUUGGAACUGUCCUGUCUGAAUUCCUCUGGUUGUGGGGCUGCUUUCUUACCUCAUCAUUGAUAGGAACACUUGCCCUGAGCCUUACAAUACCUCUGUCCAUAAUUGCUGACAUAUGCAUGCAAAAGGUCCAGUUUUCUUGGUUAUUUUUUGUAGGGGCAAUCCCUGUAUUUUUUUCCUUUUUCAUUGCAACACUUUUAUGUCACUACAACAACUGGGAUCCAGUAAUGGUGGGAAUUAGAAGAGUUUUUGUAUUUAUCUGCCGAAAACAUCGUAUUCAGAGAACAUCUGAAGAAAGCGAACAGUGUGAAAGUCUCAUUGCAGUUCAUAAUGUUUCCCAAGAAGAUGGAGAAUGUGGUUGUUCUUAGGCAACAAUGUAAAAUGUCAUGAAAACUCAGCGAAGAGACAAUCACUUGGAAAGUCCUCUUGGAAUCAUGUUUCAGUACCUCUUCUGAAUCUUUAAAUGUUUCAGUUCUUUUGAAACUUAAAAAUAUACAGAUUCUUUUUCAGUUUCCAGUAUUUAACCAGUUAGAGGAAAUGCCAAUCCUUUACGAAAACCAGCUUGCCUUAUAGAACUCAGCUGGUGAAAUUACUUGACAAAUCAAAGAGAAUGCUGUUCUAAUGAUUUUCUUUUUAAAAAAAGAAAACAUAUUUUUGUUGAGUGCUGGAGAUUUUUACAAAUACUUUUCAUCUUCUGUAAAAAAUCAUAAUUUUGUAAAAAUUUUCAAAUGGAAAGAUAAAACACCAGUUUACCUGUAAUAGGUACGAAUUAUCAUUUUGUGAUGUAUAAACUCUACUUGAAUAAUGAAAAAAAAACAAUUUAUUGAAUAACUUUAUUAUUGCAGAAGUUAUUGUGGCUUUCAAAUACUAUACAUAUCUUCAUAUAUAUGAAAGCAUUGGUAAUCAUUUGGGUGCCUUGUGAUAUCUAUUGUCAUAAUAAAUUCAAGAUUUAAAAAAAUAAUGUACAAAGAUAGUUACAAGUACUGUCUCACUUUUGUAGAUAAAACUUCUUCAUAAUAUGUUACUAUUUGCCUCAUAGACUUUUUACACAUUUUCAAAUUAAAUCAUUUUGCAUUCCAUUGAAAACAAUAGAUUUUUGGGUAGAAUGCAAAAUAGAUCAGUUUUGCACCUGUGGAAUAUGGGCUAAUGAUGUAUGGCUGAAAACUGUGUGAUUCAAAGCAAAGAGGUGAAAUCUAGAGCCAGGUUCUUACAUAAUUGAUUUUCUUACACAUUGGAUAUGUCAAGAUUCCAUGCCUUAAUGAUAGAAACAUUUUGAAUUGAGACAGUUUGUAAAUCAGCUUUAUCGCUUUUAGGAAGCAGUGUAACAAAAAAGAAAAUACAGGUAGUGACCUCGAGAAUUUCCAUUGCUUCAUGAUGCAGUCAUCAAUUGUGAUGUCACAUGAUUGCAUUGCUUACUGACAGCAAUCCUGGCUGUCCGGAUGCCAUUGCAAUCCUAGGACUGGUUCAAUCAUUAAGCGAGGACUGUGGCAAAAGAUGGGAAUCCCAGGCAGGUGGGCUGAAGGGAGUGCACUAAGGAAGGCAGGCAGGCCAGUACAACAGGGAGGUGUGAAGGAGGAUGGCUGGGCGGGCAGCUGGAUGCUGGGGCCCCACUGGGAAAGGAGGUGGCCAAAGCGGCAAGUCCUCUGUGUCAUGUAUCACUACUGGCCAGGGCUAUCCUUCCACUGGACAGCAAGGCGGGGAUGUUUCUAUGGGGCUUCCUUCAGGCGAGGAUAUCUGGUGGUGAUUCAUAAUAGCUCCUCAGCCAAGGGCUUCUUACAUGACAAGGCAGCUGAAGGAAUAGGGGCAGGCAGCAAGGGUGGUUGUAAAUGUGAACCAGCCAAAAUUGUGUUCACAUGACUUCAGGUGUCCUGUGAUGGCCAGAACUUGGAAGACUGGUCAUAAUUCCAUUUUUUCAGUGCCACUAUAAUUUUGAAUGGUUGCUUAACAAAUAGAUGUAACUCGAGGAUUACCCUACAGCAUGCUGAUUGAAACAGGGAAAGAACAAAACUAUUCCUUAACAACUAUAGAAGCUUUCCCCCACACACAGAAUAAAUGUGAUUAUUUUAAAAUGGAAAAUACGUAUAGACCAUUCAAUUGGAACAAGUUGCAAAAGUCAAUGGAAUUUUAUCUGCAUAAAAGUAGUUCUCGUUUAGCAAUCGCAACUGGGAUUGACAACAUGGUCAUUAAGCAAAGUGGUCACUAAGUUGAAACUGCAAAUCUGCUUUAUUUUACAGAUUUGCAAGGGUCAUAAAUACGAGGAUUGGUCAUAAAAAUUACUUUUUUAUCACUGUCAUAACUGAACCCUUGCUAAAGAAGGAAGCAGCUAAAUGUGGGUUACCUGUAUUACAGAUAAUUGCAUUGAACCAGCCCAAGGUGGUUCACAAAGCCUAAUAGAGCUAUUUUCUUUACAUUCUGAAUACAAAAGGAACUGGAAAAAUAAUACGUUGGGUUAGGAGAGGCUUUGAUUUGAUCAACCAUAACUUUUACAUUACACAAUGAUGCACAACAUUCUUCAUAUCAUUAUGGAAAGGAAUGCUGGAAAUGGAAGCACACCUAUGGAUUUCCUGUGAUUCCCAAGCGAUACUCUUGGACAAAAAAGCUUUUCGGAUACCAAAGAGUCCUCCAACUUGCCAAAAGAUCACAUCCACAGGGAUCAAACCUUUAUAUGACUUCUGCUGACUGUAGGUCAACUUCUGAAUACAGGCAGUCCUCAACCUACCACUUUUAACAAUGGUUCAAAAUUAUGCCAUCCUUGGUGGGGGAAUGACACAUUUAUGACCAUCGCACCACCUCUGUGGUCACGUGAUUGCAAUUCAGGUAUUUGGCAACCAGCUUACAUUUGUGACUGGUUGCAGCAUCCUGUGGUCAUGUGAUUAUCAUUUGCGACCUCUUCUGAUUUUCCAGCAAAAAAUACCCAUUGGGGAGGCUGACCUUGCUUAAUUGCCGUUAAUUAAUUAUCAUUGUAAAAAUUGUCAUAAAAACAGGCCUGAUUUGGCUUACAACCACAACUUAACAACAGAAACUCUGCUCCCAAUGGGGGUGGAACGUCAAGGGUUCAGCUGCACAAGAUGCUCUACAUAUGGAAAAGGAUGUUGCUAAAAAAAUGUUGACCUCAGGAAGUACUUUCACUAUAUCCUGUGGAAUCGUUUACAGGUAGUCCUCAAGUUAUGACCAUUCACUUGGCAACCACUGCGCAGGGCAAUAAGGCUGGCAGAAGCAGUGGAGCGCAAGGUGGCCCAAAGGGCAGAGAGGGGAAGAGUUGAAGAGAAGCCAGUGACUUGCCUUAGGGAAGCUCAAGGCUAGGAGGGACCAAGCUGAGAAUGGCUUGAAUCUGGGUGGAUCCUCACUUAACAACCAGUGGAAUUCGGUUAACAAUGACAACAAGUAAUGCCGAGAUUCCCAUUGCUAAUGGGUCACAUGACAUCACGCUUUAUGGGUGCAUCUCUUAGUGAUGGAAAUAUCUGAAUUUAUUUACACUGAGUUAAUGUUGGAGACACAAAGACAGUCUCCCUUUAUAUUUUAGUAACCAGAAGUGGAUAUCUAUAAUUCUUAAAAUUUGUUAGCUUCAAGUGUAAAGGAAUCCUCUCUGUUGGAUAAACUUAUCAACAGAAAUAAAAUAUUAUUUCCGCCAGAGCUGUCAGUACUGUCUCCAAAAUUUCUGCAAUUACACUAGACAUAUUUUAGGGUAAAGGGGGAAAUCUAAAAUUAUCCCAUCCUUUUGCCAGUGGAAUCUUCCUGUGGAUGGAUUUAUUCUCCUAGAUAUUUUAAGAUCAAAGCCAGCAGUUUUACUGGAAAAAUAUCUGAAGUGAUAUUUCACUGCCUAUACAGUGAAACAUUUGGGCAUAAACCCAAAACAAAUAAAGGUUAAUUCAAGAAGGUU